AUGCUAACGUCACGUCCCACGGGCAAUGAGCCACGGCUAUCUGCCCCCCUAGGGGGUCCGCACAAGCUGUUCGAUGGCUCCUUUGUCAUCGAGUUCCUGCAGGUACCUGCCGAAUUGGAUGCCACUGUUUUGAUGCGCGCAACAUACUUUGGCAGCCACGAAUUGACAAAACUGGGAAAACAGCAUCCCCAAGCCCCUCCGCUGCACAUUCACUUCUACCAAGCAGAGUCUUUUAUCGUGGAGUCCGGAGCUGCAGGCACUACCGCAACAUACGAUCUCAUCGACACGAUCCACACGACUGAUGGAAACUAUCCGCAACGUGACUCUCACGCAGACCAUGCAUCAACGGCACUGGGUCGCUCAGUGGAUGGGGUGACUGUUAUCCUCCCUUACAUUCCGCACAAAUUCUGGCCAGUAUCGUCUAAUCACCCAUUCUGGUCGACCGCAGAAGGUCAGGUGUACGAGAGCUCGCUUCCUGCUGGCCGAUACACCGACACUACGCUCCUGAUCUGGGGCCAUCCGAAGACUCACAUCGGUCCGGUAACGGGCACCCUUGCGAGCGAUUUCCCCCCCGAUAUGGACGCCGCUUUCUUCGUGGGGAUGCUGUCACUGGUCGAUGCGCUCCACGGACAACGGCUGACAAUGAGUCCGGGACUGGGGGCGACUCUCAUGGCCACUCAAACCGCCAGCGGAGCCGCAAUGAUCCUUGCGCCCAGGGCUUGGUGGCUCGGCCCUCUGCGGUGGGCUAUCCCGUGGUAUAUGCAGGUGGCCCUGGAGUGGACACGAAAGAUAUUUGAUAGGAGAAGCGUAGUGCAGUUGGUCGAAGAUGCAAUUGCGAGGGAAGUGGUGAAGAAACAGUAG